GUUCGGCUAUUCAGCGCGGAGUUGGAGUGGAGUGAACAGAGCUAAUGGAGUCACCCGUAAUACGGUAAAAAGCAAUACCCGAACCUUAACCCGAACGGCUGGAGUGCGAAUGGAGUCACUCGGAGUGCACGGAGUGAGCAAGCCGAACCCACUAUGGCUGGGACCGCCUAUGUACAAAUGAUCAGCUGAUCGUCAACUUGUGAAACUGACACUUUCUUCUGUUGGCCAAAAAACUGAGGUUAGUUGACCGUCGCCAGCAAAACAUGUCAGACGAAAAGCAAAGAAAAGAAAUAAUUAGCAUUUUAUUUCUAUGUGUAGCAUGGUACAUAGUCAGCUCAACAAACAAUGUCAUCGGGAAAACUGUGCUCACACAAUUUCCGUAUCCCAUGACCAUGACAAUGGUCCAGUUGCUCACUAUAACCGUUUUAAGCGGGCCUCUGUUCAACUUGUGGGGCAUCAGGAAACACGUCGAUAUAUCCUGGAAGUACUACUUUCAGUUAAUAGUUCCUUUGGCUCUGGGUAAAUUCAUUGCUAGUGUUUUCAGUCAUGUUAGUAUUUGGAAAGUGCCUGUUUCUUAUGCACAUACAGUUAAAGCCACAAUGCCUCUAUUCACAGUUAUACUAUCAAGGGUGAUUAUGGGUGAAAAACAAACUUUCAAAGUCUACAUGAGCUUAAUUCCAAUAAUAACUGGCGUCGCGAUUGCAACUCUGACUGAAAUUAGUUUUGACAUGGUGGGAUUAGUAAGUGCUCUAGUUUCCACAGCUGGAUUCUCUUUGCAACAUAUAUUUUCAAAAAAGGUUUUAAAAGACACAAGCGUCCACCAUUUGAGGCUGUUACAUAUCCUAGGAAGACUUGCUCUAUUUAUGUUCCUACCCAUAUGGCUGUAUGCAGACUUUUUAAGUUUAAUUCACGACAAAACUUUGGUUUAUCAAGACUACAGGGUGACCUCACUGUUAUUCCUGGACGGAGUGUUAAAUUUUCUACAAAAUAUCAUAGCUUUUAGUGUACUUAAUUUGGUGACACCUCUAACGUACGCUGUGGCCAAUUGUAGCAAGAGAAUUUUCGUUAUCGGGCUGUCCUUGUUUAUUUUAGGUAAUCCUGUCACUUCAAUGAAUGUAGUCGGAAUGUUGGUGGCUAUAUUUGGGGUGCUUUACUAUAAUAAGGCUAAACACGAUCAAAAACAGGACCAGCAGAAGGAAACGCUUCUGCCCUACGCCCAAAAUAACUGGCAACCGGAAAAAACCCCUUAUUCUCAAAGCGGUAAACAAUAUUCAAAUGGGUAUGCUAAUGGCAGUAUUAAUAUUACUAAUGGUGAUUUGAACGGUUUCAAUAACAAUUACAGUUAUAAUUCAAGGACUAUACGUUCGAAAGGAAAUUUGCUGUUUUCUUAAGAUUGUUUAGAUAGAAAAUAGGAAAUUAGAUCCCUGUUUCUUGGACUAUGAGGUGACUAACAGAAACGGCGAGAACCUUUUUUAAAAAGUAUUUUUAUUUGAUGCCUACAGCUGUACGUUUAUUCUGUAGACCAACUAGCUCGUAAAAACGCAAUUACAGUUAAGCAGAAGCGGAUGGGUUAGUAGUUAGUGGUUUGGCGUCUCGUAUGCACAGAGUGAGUUUACGUGGCAUUAUUCGGAGUUAGGAAGCUAGUCUAUUUCCUAAAUGUAGGUCUGAUAUUUAAAUAGAGUAGGUAUAUUUCGUUGAAUAUUACCAAAGAGGUACCCACUUACCUUUCUCUUGCCCAUAGCAACGAAACGUUAUUUUUUUCCCAAAAAGACGCUCAAAAAUUGGUAUAAAAUAAGUUUUUAAGUUAAAAGUCUCUACAUGUAGUUUGUUUCGAACAGAUCUAAAAUCUUAAAAAAGAAGUAAGAAUUAGUAAUUCAUAAUCCUUCAAAUGUUUAUCAAAAAGUAUUUGAAAAUGAUUACCUAUUUCAUGAGCCUAUAAGUAAUUGUAAUUAUUGUAAAUUUUGUAAAAAGGAUAGUAUUACUUAUCUCAUAUCAUUUCAUGUAUAUUAUUAUGCAGCCUGCAUAGCAUUGCUCAACCUUUUUAUAUGGGAUGUAAGUACGUAAUAGUAUGUAAUAUGAUGUAUUUCGUUGGAGUAAUAUAAGUCUUGAUAUAAUUUGUUAAUAAUUUUAAAAUAUUUAGAAUUAUAAAUUUAAUAAUUAUUGUAAAGUUUUAAUAAUGCGUAUUAUGUAAUUCAUCUCACUACUGAAAUAAAACAAGAUUUUUAAUAAUCUCAAACUGUAUUAACAGAAUUUUUUUAGUAAUAUUAAAUUGUAAACAGUGAUAUAAUGUUAACUAAGAAUAAAAUAAAUAUUUUAUUAUAUAUAAUAUUCUUGGAAUUAUUUUUUUUUUUGUAAAUAAUAAAUCUAUAAAGUCUUUGUUAUAGUGUUUUGACUCGAUGAAAAUGACAUUUUUGAUAGGCUGUGUACA